AUGGCGAUGGCAAAUCUUUUGUUGAAUCCCCUGCUGACGAUCUAUGCCCCCGUAUACACACAUGGCGAUGGCAAACCUUUUGUUCAGUCUCCUUCUCACUUUAAAAAGAGUUUCUCAUAUAUUCCGCCAACAUCCUCCUCCACGCUUCCUCUGUCUCUUUGCCUUUCUUCGAAGCAUGCUGCAGCGCCCAUCUCUACGCUCCUUAAGGAACAUAAGGGUUUUGGAGGCAACAUGAACUGCAGUGCUUUUUGGGCAUUGUCGUUUUGGGAUGAUGUGGUGCAAACGGAUAAAAAGUUCCAGUGUCAAUGUGCGUCCAAAGAGGAGAGUACGGUUUCAGAGACCAGCUAUGACACACGGGCCGUGAAAACUAAAUUUCAUAAAACAAAAAGGAGUUCUGGUGCUAAACAAAGUCGAAAGAUAUACGCGAUUAUAGUUGGAGCUUCUUUUUGUCUAUUUGUAGCAUUUUCCUACCAAAACAAACAAAACAAAGCUUCAUAUCAAUGCAGAUCAUUUUUGUUAGCCUCUAACUGGAUCAGGAUCUCGCUUUGGUGGUAUGAGCUUUAUGUUAACCAAAAUAUUGGAAAAAUAAGAAAUAGAAAACCGAGUAAGAAACAAUCCAUAACUUUUGAUGACGUGGAAGGAGUUGAUGCUGCUAAAUCUGAACUUCUCGAGAUUGUGUUAUGCAUUAAAGGAGAUAGUAACUAUGUGAAACUUGGGGCAAAAUUACCACGAGGGGUUCUGCUUGCGGGUCCCCCAGGAACCGGAAAAACAUUGUUGGCCCGUGCUGUGGCAGGGGAAGCUGACGUGCCGUUUUUCUCAAUUUCUGGUAGUGAAUUGGUCGAGAUUUAUGCCGGUGCAGGAGCUGCCCGUGUUCGAGAUCUUUUCUGGGAGGCGAAAAAACGCUCACCAUCUAUUAUUUUCAUUGAUGAGAUAGAUGCUGUUGGAGGCCAACGUGGAACAAGUAUGAAUUGUGAACGUGACCAAACUUUAAACCAGCUUUUGACUGAGAUGGAUGGAUUUGAGAAGGGUGCAAAAGUGGUGGUUAUAGCUGCUACCAACAGACCCGGGUCACUGGAUUCUGCUUUGAUGAGACCGGGUCGGUUUUCCAGGAAAGUAAUUGUGGGUGAACCAAAUGAAGUUGGAAGGCGAAAGAUUUUUGGUUUAUAUUUAGAAGAGGUGCCCAUGGAGGAGGACAAACAAGUCAUUUGUGACCUUGUUGCUUCACGUACACCGGGGUUAGUUGGGGCUGCUCUUGAAAAUAUAGCUAAUGAAUCUAUACUACUUGCUGCUCGUAGAGGUGGUCAUUGUGUGACCAAGGAGGAUGUUCUUCAAGCUGUUGAGAGGGCCACAACAAAGAUAUAUAAUGAUGAUUCUGCUACUGCUACUGAAGCUAAGUCACCGUAUUUGUUUGGAGAAAUGGCACUAGAAAACGUUGGGAGGUAUCGAUUUCAAACUAAUUAUCUAUAG